AAGUUAAGAAACACUGGGUAAAACACCCACUGAAAUAUGGAAGAGGAAAAAACCUACCAAGACUCUGCAUUGAUCCAUUGCAUCCACAAGAUGGCGCUCUAGCUCCAUGUAGAGAUUUGGUUUCAAAUAACAGCAGUGAGAGUUCAACUUUGCUUUUGUCUUACACUCGUGAUGCAUGUAAUGUCUCAGUGUAUUUUGUAUUUUUGACCUUUUUUCAGUAUUCUAAGACUCCUUCAGUGUUAUAGGCUCACGAAACUUAAUGGAUUGCAUCGUCUCAAAUUGCAAAUUGCAGGUGCGUGCAAACACAAGGUCCACCCACCACAAUAUUACUGACACUUGACAAAAGAGAGAAUAUUUGGAGAAAGAGGAAGAGGAAUUAAAAUGGACACUUUUCUUUUCAUGCUCGUGUUUGGGCUUUUGAUGUUCGGUGGGUGCUUGGCCAGGGUGGUGACAGUGUCUCCUGGGCCAUUAAUCCGGGUGGAGGGUCAGCCGGUCUCCAUCAGAUGUGAUGUCAAUGAAUAUUCGGGACCUCGUGAGCAGGAUUUCGAGUGGAUGAUGUCCAGGGAUGGGAGCGGGACGAGGAUAAAGAUAAUCUCCACCUUCGACACCAGCUACUCCCACCCAUCGCUCAGCAAGCGGGUCGCGUCUGGCGACAUCUCGGUGGUGAGGCUGGCAGACAACGAGGUGGAGCUGAAGAUAGCGGAGGUGAAGCCGCUGGACGCCGGGCUCUACUGGUGCCAAACGCCGAGCACCGACUCCGUCAUCAGUGGCAACUACGAGGCUCAGGUCCAACUCACUGUUAUUCCCAACACCCUCCGCGUCAUCCCACAGACCCCACCCCAAGAGAUCCCAGAGGGAAGUGACCUCACGCUUUCCUGCAACGUCACGCGGGUACUCACACACCCCACCUACCUGUCCGUCACCUGGUCGCUGAAGAACGGAGCAACGUCGGAGGAAAUUUUGACAUUUGGUCCUCAAGGAGAUGUCUUCACGGGGGCCAAGUUUGCCCGGCGCUAUGCUGACGGAGGCAUCCGAUUGGUCCCCGGGAAGAAUGGACUGUUUGAACUGGUGAUAUCCAGAGUGAUGACGUCUGAUGGCGGGACUUAUGAAUGCAAUGGAACAGAGUGGACACAUGAAAAUGGAGGCAAAUGGAUAAAAAUCGUGGAGAAUGCGAAAGAAAUGGGAACUGUUAGAGUUAUUCCUGCAGGUCAGUCCCUCAGUGUGAAGGCCGCACCCUCCUCCUCUCCCUCCUCCACGUCUCAGGUCCUCUCCCCCGGCGACACGCUGACCCUCCUCUGCUCCGUCACCGCCGACAACCUGCAGGCCCUCGCCCUGGAAGUGACCUGGCUGGCCGGCGACCGCGACAUCGUCACCAUGGAGCGCAGCGGGGUGGUGAUCUCGAACACGUCGGCGGGCGGCGCGCAGGGGAAGCGAGGGGAUGCGAGCCUGGAGCGGAUGGGGGCCGGGGAGUACAGGCUGGGGGUGAGGGGGGUGAGCUCGGAGGAUGGAGGAGAGUACACCUGCCGCGUCCGAGCCUUCAUCGACAAGGGAGGGAAGAGCACGGGAGGAGGAGGGAGGUGGCACAUGGCGGCCGAGAAGAAGUCCAGCCCUGUGUCGAUUAAAGUCGCACAGAUCAAACCGAGCUUUACGCUGACCCUUGAACCCGUCCUGAACCCACAGAUGACAGCUGAACCCACAGAGCUGGCAUGCCACGUGACCAACAUUACCCACCUACCCCUGGGGGGUCGACUGGGUGUCAAAUGGGAGCACACCACACUUCCUGGUAUAGGUGAUGAUCCUCAGACCUCAAACCACAUUGGCUCCUUGGACGGCAACGGCAACCUAUUGCCAGGGUCGAUGUACUCGGAGCGGCUGAAGAGUGGGGCGAUGUCUCUGACCAGAGUCCAGCCCAACACGUUCAAACUGCGCAUCCUCCGCACACAGGAGAUCGACAUGGGCCUGUAUGUUUGCACUGUGUCUGCGUGGGGCGUCAGCAGCCAGGGUGACAUGAUGAAGACCUCUGAGUACCAAAGCUCACCAGUGACUGUACGAUGGGAUACCAAACGUCCGACUCUGAACGUCGUGGCUAAGCGUAUCCGUGAAGCCUCAGUGGGCGGGUCUACCUUUGAGAUGAGCUGCACUGUGGCAACUGAGAACCUCAGGGAGGCGGGCUACUCUGUGCUCAUCCAAUCACAGGAGAGCCUGCAGAGCAAUGUCAGGACCAUCAUGACUCUCAGCCCCGACAACGUCCUGCAGCACGGAGGAGCCACUGACCCCAACAGGAGAGACAGUCUGGUUCUGACUAAGUCCGGUGCGGCAGAGUUUCGGUUUCGCCUGGCUGGCGUCCAGUUGUCCGACAGAGGUUACUACUGGUGCGACAUCACCGCGUGGACAAAACAGCAGCCAGGACAAGCUUGGACCAAAGCCACGAGCGCCGAGUCCAACAAAGUCAGGAUAGACUUUCAAGAAAAUGGUCCGUCCUUCUCCAUCGACAUCCAAUCCGAUGACACCAGUGUUUAUCCAUCGAAAACAGCCAAGAUGGAGUGUUCGCUCAGCGUCUCUGGAUCCUCACCAAAGACCGAUGACCUGGCGUACGAGGUGCGUUGGUUUUUCACCAGGCUGCGUGGUGGACAGACGACGACCCAGGUGGCCAGUGUCGACCGUUUUGGCAUUGUGAAGACGGAGACCCGUAACUCAUCCAGUGAAAUCUCAAUAGAGCGCAUAGACACACACAAAUACCUGUUGAAUAUAUUUGGCACUCAGGACAGUGACAGCGGUGAGUAUUACUGCAUGGCCACUCCAUGGUACCUGUCGGCCUCAACGGGAGCCUGGACUCAAGCUGGAGAGCUGACGUCAUCUCGAGUCUUCCUCACUGUCCAGUUCGCUGUGUGGGACUCCCUAAAGUUACCUCUCCUAUAUGGUGCAGCGGCCUCAUUAGGUGUCGGCCUCUUCUCCCUGGUCCUUGGUCUGGUUUGCGCCCAGUGCUGCUGCCGCAACACCACACACACUCCACGCUCACGCAACAAACUGAUGGACCUGGAGAUGGACUGACAAACACUUUCCCCCGCACCCACUCACUGCAGCGCUCACAGGAGACACCACACACACAACAGACACACACCUAUAGACGAUUUCUGGGACACCCAGCUGUUUCCAGGCGAUGGACGUUGGGAGUAAAGAAAAAUUAAAAAUGACGCACCGCUUUGGAAACAGAGGCCUGGCUGAGGUGCUCAGGAUCGUUGAGCUCUGCAGUGGGAGGAGCCGGGGACUUUUGUGUUGCUUUUUUUUUUUUUUUUUUUUUUUUUUUUUUUUUUUUAAAGCACCAACGGGGAAUUAGCCUUUGAGACUUCUGUUUCUGUGGAGAUCCAAUAAAAUCUGUGGCGCUUCCAGUGAUUUUUACACAGAUAUAUUCACUCCCCAUUAAAGACCAUAGCACUCCUCGGAACAGGAGACUUCUGAGACAUCACUGCCACUUGGGAAUAAAGGACCACUAAACACAUCUGCUGCCUCUGUAACCACUAGGGAUAACAAAUGAAGCACUCAGGCUGGACUACAUGCUUUUUUUUCUUUUUUUGGCUUUCUCCUGAUGCCAUUGCUUCCUGCAAAGUACAACCACUCCAUGUUCCUGAUGGUCUUCAGAUUAACGGCACACCAGCGUGUAUCCUGUUGAAUUUUCUUUUUUUGAGGAAGCAUGGAAAAUUCAAGGGGUGCUCUGGGUUGGAAGGACGGAGGUGGCUUUUUCGUUUUACUUGUUGGAUUUCACGGAACUGAAGUUACUUUGUAUUUGCAGAGGCUGAUGGUUUAGGCAGCCUGAGCCUUAUGUCUGUCAUGGAAGAGGUCAUGGUUUGAGCAUCGUGUUUGUUUGGGCAGCAGAAGUCCCAGAAAACGAAAGUGCUCCACGUGCUUUCUGCACGAGAGGUAUUGCACUAGAACUACCACCCCAGAGUAUUCCUACCUUAACAAGAGGACAAUAUAUACCUUUAUUCUCAACUCUAGUUUUUUGAAAAUUAAGAGAUUUUAAAAUGAGAGACAUUUUUAAGCUUUACAAGGAGAUAUGCAGUUAGUGUGUUUGUGUGUGAGAUAUACUCUAUGUGGUGCCAAUAUUUGAAUUAACAGGAGGCGUGCUUGGUUCAUUUUUGCCAGAUCAACACUUGAACAGCCACUAAUAGCGGCGACAGCAAGCACUCUUCUUUUAUAGAUAUCCAGAAAUGUAUCCAGCUGUUAUUUUUUGCCUGAGUCUCGUGUGUGUUUUCGUACACUGUGUGAGCGCUGUGCUACAGUAUGUGAGACAAAGAGUUGCAUGUACCGUUUUAUGACAGACUGAUGUCAUUCAUGAGCAACACGAGCCUUUUUCCAAGGUUUCAUUUUGAUGACAUCAAAGUCCUCCUCCAUCCAGAUUUAUAACCCUAGCUGUCACUCCACUGAUGGAUGGUGUUCACACCAUGAGCAACAUGACUCUGUUUUAACAGAGUGUGGGUGGUGCAAGAAACUCAUGCAUGUUUCUUAGCUUCAGUUUUGCUUUUUAUUGGAAUAGUGCAGCAUUUUGAAAAGGAUGCUUCUUUGCUUUUUUACUGAAGAUCCUUCAACUGGAGUCACCAAGGUGGUUAGCUGAGCUUAGCAUAAAGACAUUGGUGGGAACUGGCUAAUCUGGCUCUGCCCAAAGUGGGGAAAAAAUGCAUAUUAACACCACUAAAGAUUACUGCAGUAUCUUGUUGCUUAAUUCAAACAGAAAUGUCACAAUGACAAUUUGCAGUUGUUUUACUGAGUCACAUAACUAUUUCUUGGCUGAGUGGAUGGUUAAAUAGUUUUUUAUAAGAACUAGUUGUAGCACAAAACUCCUCCUAAAACCACAAGUUGUCAUUUUCACAUUUCUGUUCAUGCACACCUUAAACAAAUGAGAUAACGUGUGUUAAUUGAUGAGGUGGGACUAAAGGGAAACCUCUUUAUAGUGAUCCAUCCUCAUUUAUUUUACAUAACCAACAUGAAGUAGACUUUUUGGCAGACAUACUUUAUUUAUUCAUUUUUAGUUUACCAAGCAGUUCCUCCUGUUUCCAGUGUUUGUGCUCAGCUAAGCUAAAGCUAAACACGUCCCAGACCUGAUUCUGGCAAACAAGCACAUUUUUCAAAAUGUCUGACUGCUCCUUUAAUGUCGCUAGCUAGAAAAGUAAGCAGAAAACUUUGAGUGAAGUGAUUUCAGAUAUUUCAGCAAUGGUUACAUCCCUUUUUCCAAAUAAUUUUAGAUGUUUUAUCUCUCCUCCUUUUUUUAAAAAAACUGGUAAGUUUACCAUGCACUUAACAGGUAAAACUGACAAUUGUAUCUACUAAAAAUCUGCCAGAACCAGCUGAUUAAGAAAAGGUCAGCUGUGCCCGACGUACAUCAGCUGACAUGUGUUGAGUCUCUGUGGUGUUUUUAUAGCAAAUGAAUGAACUUGUGGUGACUGAUGUAUCAUGUUGACUGCUGUGUGAAGGCACACUCACAGUUCCAGCAACAACACACACAAAGUGAGGAACUUCGGUUCAAACUCAGCAGGAUCCAAACAGACCUGUUAGGUUUGUGCCAGGUUGCCUGGACAUGGAUAGAUAGGCCUUUGUUUGAUGUGUUGUAAAUAGUUUUGCAAGGUAUUUUAAGCAACUAUCAGAACUUAAUGAGCAAUAUCAGGCUAUGUAGUCAAACUUUUUUUCUUUCUUCCUUUUAAACCAUAACUUGGUUUGAAUGCAAUUAGCUGUGAGUCUCAUCCAGCAAAAGAAAAACUAAGAGAUCAGAUGUUCCUAUUGGACACCAGAACGAUCCUAGAUCAGUGCUGCUGCUCUCAAAUCAUUUCUACAUGCAGAUUUAGAUGUUCACCUCCAUGUCAGAGCAACCUCCUCUAACUAUUUUGUGAAAUUAGGGAAAUAUUGAUACCAAUAUGUGUGUGUUUGCUUGGUCGAUGGUGACAGUCCCUUCAGAAACUCUCCAUAAAGCCACUCCACAGGUGUGUGUGCCUCUCUGUGAUAGUUCUGUUGCAGUAUUCAAAGGAGGAAUUCACCACUAUCACUAAAACAUAUAUACAUAGUCACAGUACGUGACCACACAGGUGAAUGAUAGGGCUCAGUGCCAAAUGCUCUUAACAGUAAACUGCACACAGAGACGAUAGCAUUGAUACACACCAUCCAACAUGUCACUGCAAGACUUCCCCAGUGUCUUUUCAUUUUAUCAUUUUAUUGCAAUGAGUAUGAUGAAUCAUGAUAAUGUUUUUUUAAUAAAUAGAUUUGUAAGAUGUA